AUGAUCUAUUUGAGAUUGCCAAGGAUGGAGUUCUUAUCUGGUGAUUAUCUGUUGUUGCUAGGAGUACGUAAGCUUAUUAAUGUUGCCGUACCGGGAACAAUUGAUGAAAGAGCUAUCAACACAAAGAGGGAGCUCAAUCCAUGGGAGAGGAAUGAGAAUCAUACAUUAUGCCUGAACUCUGCCAAGGCAAUUGGGUGUACUGUUGUCAAUAUAGGGACACAAGACUUUAUUGAAGGAAGGAGACAUCUUGUUCUCGGAUUGAUAUCUCAAAUUAUUAAGAUACAACUGUUGGCUGACCUGAACUUAAAGAAAACGCCGCAGUUGGUGGAGCUGGUUGACGACAGUAAGGACGUGGAGGAGCUCAUGAGCCUAGCACCAGAGAAGAUCUUACUUAGGUGGAUGAACUUUCAGUUGAAAAAGGCAGGAUACACGAAAACAGUCUCAAACUUCUCGUCAGAUGUAAAGGAUGCAGAGGCUUAUGCUCAUCUCUUGAAUGUUCUAGCGCCAGAACAUAGUAAUCCAUCCACACUGAAAGUAAAAGAUCCUUUAGAAAAAGCAAAGUUAGUUCUCGAGCAUGCUGAUAGGAUGGGUUGCAAGAGAUACCUAACAACAAAAGAUAUUGUAGAAGGCUCUCCAAAUCUUAAUCUUGCGUUUGUGGCACAUAUCUUCCAGCACAGGAAUGGACUCUCAACCCAGACUAAACAAAUAUCUUUUCUCGAAACUUUGCCAGAUGACACCCAAAUCUCCAGAGAAGAGAGAUCUUUUCGCUUUUGGAUAAAUAAUCUUGGAAACUCCACAUACAUCAACAAUAUUUUUGAAGAUGUCAGAAAUGGGUAA